AUGUAUCUUGAGCUUCUGAAUCCUUCAAGCAAGAACAAGUAUGAGAAGUAUGACAAGACCGACACUAUAGUGAUCGAUAAUGGGAGUUAUGAGUGUAAGGCCGGAUAUUCUGGAGGAGCACCCCAAAUGGUUUUCAAAAACGUCUUAUAUCGUCAUAAGGCUGUAUCGUCAAUAGAAAACUUCCAAGGUGCUUCGGCUAAGACUAUGUUUGACGGCGAUGUUGUGACCAACUUUGAGGUCUUAGAAUAUGUCAUUGAUGAGAUUCUGGAAUAUCUGAAGCCCGAGAAGUUAAAGAACCUAAUAUUCACCGAAAAGAUAUUCAGUCCGACACAUACAGAGCUUGUGAAGUUCUUGUUUGAUGUCUAUGGGUUUGAGAAGAUACAAGUUGGAGUGGAUAGCUACUACUCGUAUCUAUGGAACUUAGACCGGGAAGACUGCAUGAUUAUAGACAUAUCCCACUCUGCAACAACAUGCCUUGUCAUUCAGUCAGAGCAGAUUGUGGAUGUUUACAAAAUCAACUUUGGAGGAAAGGCAGGGGGAGAAUAUCUCUCUGCAGUAAUGUUUAAUAAGUUUUUUGACAGUAAAAAGAACUACAGAGGGCUGAUUCCAUAUCUGAGAUGUUCUCCGGAUUAUAGUAAGGAAUCUGUUGAGAUACUUGAAGAACUGAAGGCAGGGAACUAUUCGAGAAACUACUUUCUAGACGAGGAACUUGAAGCACUUAAAGAGAAGCCUGUGGAUAAGAAGCAUAAAGUACAUGCUGCACCGUCAGCCUCUGGUUCUAUGCCUGAGAUCGAUAUGAGGCUUCUCAACACUGCGGAUUCUGACCUGGAUGCAGAAGGGAUUAAAGAGAAGAAGAAGCAAAAGAUUCUAUACCACUCAACUCUUCACAGGCUUAAGACCAGAAUUGACAAGUGCCUAGAGAGGCUAUCCUCUCACAUCCUGUGCAUGGAAGAUGAGAAGGAAAAGCUGGUGGAUCUUGAAGGGUUUAUAAGCAAGAAGAAGGCAGAGCUUGAGGUGCUUAAAAGAGAACUAGAGAUAAGAAGUAAACUGAGAAGGGAUGCAAAGAAUAGAAAGACAUAUGAAUUCCAGGUAAGGUUCAAGGAAGGCGAGCUGACUUCUGACGAGAGGAUACUUGCAGAAAAGAUCAGGGAUGCAGAAGACCUAGACAAAGAAAAUAAGAUCUUGGAAUCUUUGAAAGGCCUUGUUACUCAGAUAAAGGAAUUGGAUCCAUAUUUCGAACCAUACACAGCAGACACGGUCGAUCUUCUUAACGGGCAUUUCAUUGGAAGAAUGAAUGUGAAUGUGGACCUCCUGAAAAUCCCCGAAAUACUCUUCUCUCCUUCCAUCAUAGGCCUUGACCAAAUGGGGCUGACGGAGAUAAUGGAUGAUGUUAGCAAAAAGUAUAGGGUGAAGAAAGUGCUUCUAACAGGAGGGUUUUCGCAGAUAAAGGGAAUUGAUGUGCGAAUAAAGGACGAAAUGACGAGCAUGUCAUUUGUAGGAGAGGUCGAGGUCAUAAGAGCCUCGGACCCCAUAGGUGAUCCGUUCAAGGGAGCAAGGUUUUCUGAUGCCUUUCCCAUAUACACUUUAGAGGAUUACAAUCGUCUGGGCCCUGACUAUUUGAAUGGAGCGGCAUCCAAUGAGGGCCUACAAGAAUAA